AUGCCUUCCAAGCAGGUUUUCGCAAGCCAGGACAACGCUGUCUACACCACCUCCACCGGUGCGCCUGUAGCGGAGCCAUACGCUGCCCAGCGCGUCGGCAGCCACGGUGGUCUCCUCCUUCAGGACUUCCACCACAUUGACCUGCUUGCCCACUUCGACCGCGAGCGUAUCCCUGAGCGUGUUGUGCACGCCAAGGGUGCUGGUGCUCACGGCUACUUCGAGGUCACUCACGACAUCAGUGACCUCUCUUGCGCGUCGAUCUUCUCGAAGGUGGGCAACAAGGCGAGGGCGACGGCCGGGUCUGCGGACACCGCCCGUGAUCCUCGAGGCUUCGCAAUCAAGAUCAAGACGGACGAGGGGAACCUUGACUGGGUCUUCAACAACACCCCUGUCUUCUUCAUCCGGGAUCCCGCCAAGUUUCCCCACUUCAUCCACACCCAGAAGCGUGACCCCCAGACCCACCUCAAGGAUGCUGACAUGUUCUGGGACUACUUGUCGCUCAACCCCGAGUCGAUCCACCAGAUCAUGAUCCUCUUCUCCGACCGUGGGCACCCCGACGGCUUCCACAACAUGCACGGCUACUCCGGCCACACAUACAAGUUCGUUAACAAAGACGGCAGCUUCCACUACGUCCAGAUCCACGUCAGGAAGGAUGGAGGUGCCAAGGAGCUGACGGAGCCAGAGGCGGGCCGCAUUGGUGGUGAGAACCCCGACUACGGUAUUCAGUCCCUGUUCGAGGCCAUCGAGGGAGGCGACUUCCCGUCAUGGACUGUAUACGUGCAAACCAUGACUGCGGCACAGGCUGAGAAGUUCCGCUACAACAUUCUUGACUUGACGAAGAUCUGGCCGCACAAGGAGUACCCGCUCCGCUGCGUUUCGCCGUCGCAUUCGGUGCCGGGCAUUGAGGCGUCCGCCGACCCUGUCCUCCAGUCCCGUCUUUUCUCCUACCCCGACACCCACAGACAUCGUCUCGGUGUGAACUACAACCAGCUGCCGGUCAACGCGCCCGUCGCUCCUGUCGCCAACUUCCAGCGUGAUGGUGCGAUGACCUUCAUCAGCCAGGGUGGUCGCCCGAACUACCAGAGCAGCCUUGUGCCGCUCAAGUACAAGCCCAAGCCGUACGAGAGCGUCAAGCACGAGAUCUGGCUCGGCCACGCCAACGCGGACCUGAGCUUCGUGACGGAACUCGACUUCGAGCAGCCCCGCGCUUUGUGGCUCAAGGUGUUCAACGACACCGACCGGGAGCACCUCGUCCACAACGUCGUCGUUCACCUCAAGAACGCGAAGAGCAAGGAGGUCAAGACCCGAACGCUCUCGUACUUCGCCACUGUCGACCAGAGCCUGUCUGACCGCAUUGCGAAGGGCAUCGGCAUGGCUCCGGGUGUCCCGCCGCUCAAGGUUGCGUCUGCGUCUGAGGCUAUCCGCUUUCAGGCUUUCGCCUCUGCAUAG